CUUCCUCCUCGCCAUGGCCUGGCGGUCGUUCAACGCGCUCGUGAAUGAUCCACAACUGCUCAUCUUCGAUUCGCGCGAGCAAUCGGACUUCGCGGUGGCCCACAUCCGGAAUGCUGUGUGCGUGCGCGUCAAAGGUGCGUCGCUCGAGUAUGUGAUGGGCGCGGUCUGGUCCCAGGAUUACUGGUGGGGAAGGGAUGUUCUUCUUGUUCCUGGGGUUUGGCCGACGAAGGAGGAAAAGAAAGAGAAAGAGAAAGAGAAGAAGCGCAAGGCAAGCGAAGUGAUUGUCGAUCCAGUUGCCAAGUUUUUAAUGGAGGAGAAUCGUGUCAAGUCUCUCAAAAUCAUGGAAGAUGAGGAAGGCAGGGACCCGUUUGCCUGUUUCUCAAAGCGAUAUCCUUUUAUCAUAUGUAAGUCUGUCAAACCUUGGGCGAUUCCAAGCUAUCCAGCUGAGAUUAUACCUCGGUUCCUAUACAUGGGAACUUGGGAACACGCGAACUCCGUGCCCAUUCUCAACGAUCUUCACAUAACAUACGUAUUGACUGCUCAUACCGAGCGUUUAAAGGAAAUCAAAGGAUGCACUCACAAGUACUUCGACAUUUUUGAUGAACCGAACGCAAAUAUAACUCAGUAUUUUGAACCGGCAUUCGAGUUUAUAGAGGAGGCAAAGAGAGCGAAAGCUCGGGUGCUCGUCCACUGCGGCGCUGGAGCCAGCCGCUCCGUGACCUUGUGCGCUUACUACCUGAUGCGUGUCAACCACUGGGGAGUUGACGAGACAAUCAAGUUCCUCAAGGAGCAGCGCAAGGAGGUUGAUCCCAAUCCAGGCUUCAUCAAGCAGCUGCGUGAAGUCGAGAGGAAACGAAGCGGAAGGCCACCGAAAGAAUUUGUUGUGGAAGUUCACAAGAGUGGACAGAUCGUCGACACGAUCAACCCCUGCGAGAAAGAAGAGCUAAUUUUCGGUCGCCAAACAACUUGCGACGUCGUCUUGGAUCACGCAUCCAUAUCGAGACAGCACGCGAAAUUACUCUGGAGCGGAGAAAGUUUGCAUUUGGUCGAUAUGGAUUCGGUCCACGGAACUUUCGUGAACAAGAAAAGGGUCGGGAAGAACAGGCAAGAGCUCCAAGACGGUGAUUUUAUGGCGUUCGGUGCCAGCACAAGAAAAUAUGUGGUACGCGAGAUUUAAAAUGGGAAAAGAUGCACGGGGAUAUUCUCCUCGAUGUCUUUUA